AUGGACAUUUCGUCUUAUGAUAAUAUCAAUCCUCAAAAGAUCCCCUUGAACUAUACGCUACCGUUGGGAAAUGCAGAUGAUGUAUAUGUCGUAACAUUUGGAGUGCUUGAUGAGUAUGUUGCUAGUUCGUUCCAUUAUAUAGUGGUAUACAGUGUUGCUAUUGGUGCGUGUUUGACGCUUUCGUUGGCAUUGUGGGCCAGCUGUCAGAACAAGCGCACACCGAUUUUUGUUUUAAACCAGCUUACAAUGGCAAUAAUGAUGAUCGAGUCAGCAUUAUACUUGGCAUUUUUUAUGGGCCCGUUGUCGUCGCUAAGUUUUUCGUUUACGGGGAUACUCAUACCCAAUACGUACGGAUCGUACAGGGUGACGGUGGCUGCGAAUGUGUUCCAGACGAUAUUGGUUGCGUGCAUCGAGGUGUCAAUGACGUACCAGAUAUUUAUAAUUUUUAGGUCUCCUGAAGUAAAGCGACUAGGGGCUGCUCUCACGAUCGUGGCUGCUGCUGCUGGAUUAACGAUUGUUGGGUUCUAUAUAAACAGCACGGUGUCGAGUGCGAGAAUGUUUCAAGACGUUUUCAAUCAUUCUACCUCAACGAAACGAGUUGGAUCCUGGGUGACUGAUAUCCCCUUUAUCUUAUUUUCCGCUUCUAUCAACCUAAUGAGUUGUAUGCUAGCGUGUAAAUUGUUUUUUGCUAUUAAGACAAGACGUUAUUUGGGAUUGAAGCAAUUUGAUAGUUUUCAUAUUUUGUUUAUCAUGUCAACUCAAACAAUGUUCAUUCCUUCAAUAUUAGUUCUUAUUAAUUACGGUGUAAGUGAAGCCAAGACAAAUGUCUUAUCUGCUGUGAGUGUUUUGCUUGUGGUAUUGUCGCUUCCGUUUUCAUCAAUGUGGGCAUCAGCUGCAAAUAAUAACCCUACGCCCACAUCAUCAACAUUGGCCUUCUUAAACAGAUCUGAUUCUAAUAAUUCGGAUUCCAGCACAAUUGUGGGAAACAGGUUUUCCUUAUUUCCAGGCAAACUAUCGAAGAGCUCUACUACAGACUCCAGCAUAGAGAAGACCAUGAAAGACUUGCUGCACACUACAUCUAAUCACCAGGAAGAUCUGCCCACGACUUUGACAGAUUUCAGGCUACAAAACGAUCAGAGUUUUUAUUUUUCGAAUUUGAGUGCUCCUCCCAGCGACAUUGAACAAAUAAUUUAUGGUGUGACUAAUGCUGACCCCGAAACCUCCAACAAGUGCUUGAAUUAUAGUUCAGACAGAGAAUCGAUCGACAGAGCUUUGGAUAAUGCAAGUCCCGAUGGCUUUGUAGCUGUAACAACCCACAAUGUAAAUCAAUAG